UUCGAUUAUAUUAGUAACAUGGUGUGUGAUAGCAAGAAAAGCCAAGCUCUGUGAAAAAAAAGAAGCACUAGAAAUAUUGAAUAUGGAUUCCUUUGUUUCCUGCUCUUAUGAUGACGCAAGGGAGAAAAUUAAAACCGUUCUCAUACUAGGAUGUGUUUCUGUUGCAGUCAGUCCCCUUUGUCUUCUCCUUCGUUUGCCAACCGGAAAAUUGGAAAACGCCUGUUUGAUUACAUAUUAUGUUUUGUAUGUCCUCUUAUGUCUUGGGAUAGCUGUUCCUCUAUUUAUUUUCACAAUUCAAUUGCUGGAUUCCAAAACAUCAAAAAAACCUAUGGAUUAUGGCCCAUUAAAGAAAGGGAUGUUUAACUCCUUGGCACAAAAUUUUACUUCUGAUGAAAUCACACGCGGUAAUACAAUGUCAGACAGAUGGAACAAGUUUUUUAUCAAGUACGACUGCUGCGCUGUAAACCAGGUACUGGGCACAACUAAUGACUUUGACAAGACCCCCUGGUGUACAAUAUCCGGAUCCUGUCAACAGACAAACUCUCAAAUUCCGAAAACCUGUUGUAAAGAUGUCACUGAAGAAGACUACGUCAAUGCAACUAGCAGUUGUCAUGCUACUGUCAGCGCUGGAUCAUACAAAGACAGCUGUUUUAGUCGUGUGAUAAACCUUCCUAAUGAGAGCCUUAAAGAGUAUCAAAUUGAUAUGAUAAUUACCUGCUCGCUCACUUUGGCAGUAAUAAUGCUUGCUUCAUUCCUCCACGUUCUUGUCCUGAUUUUCAUCAGUAUCUUCAAAAGAUCUGAAUGCUGUACCAAGUGCUGCAAUUGAUUUUGAAAGAAACUUGAUGCUGAAUAAGACGUUUUACAUUAUAUUUUAUUAAUUUUUAAUUUCUCAUACCAUGUUUAAAAUUUGAGUGAGUUUUUGAUACUGUACAGGAACAUUUUACCAAAAAUUCGAUUAAACAAUAAAGCAUUUUGGGUAUAUGACAACUCAAUGCAAAAAAAUCAUAGAUACGACAGUUCGUCGAUGAGACAAAUGAUAGAUUACACAAGUCAUAGAACGGACAUUCCAUGGAAAUCCCACAAUCCAUCGAUACUCAUCGAAGCUGAUCGAAAACAAUAAACAAAAUUAUAAUUGAUAAAUCCAUUUCAUUAACUCAUGCAACAAAUCACUCAAUAUUUCAAUAAAAACAUUAUGUGUCAAGAUAUAAAUGUUUUGAAAAUACCCCACACAUCACCGAGUCUGGAGCAUGGUUGUGUUCCUUUGCUCCUUCGAUGAUUUUUUUUUUCUUUAUGCAUCGACGCCUUGCAGUCAGCUUAUCAAAUUUUUAAUAAGAGUAAGCGCUUUUGUUCUUUCCUAAACAUUAAAAACGGAAUAAAUAAAAUUUUAAAAACUUCCCACCCAUAGUCGUGUCUUGGGCUAGGUGAUAAAAUACACAAUCAAUUCUUCGUUAGUUCACCCAAACUGAAGGCUAUUGUGAAAUUUUCUGAUCACGUUUUGUCCGGCGUCCGUCUGUCCGGCUGUCUGUCUGUAAACUUAUUACUUUUUUUCGAUUUUGUCUUGAGCUAAUAGGCUCAUAUAUACCAAAGUAUUCCUUAGGUAAAGACCAUUCAAGCUUAUUCAAAUGAAGUGUCAUGUCAUUUUCCAAAGGGGAGAUAAUUACGAAUUAAUGAAAAAAAAUCAUUGCCAUUUUUUAAUUAUUUUCUUUUAAAAGAACCAGUUACAAUGGAAAUUCAUGUAGGAUUAUUCCCCCGGUAAUGAAGAUUCAAGUUUGUUGAUUCUUGACUCCAAGGGAAAGGGUGGAAUCAGAAAGGACGAUCAUAUUUUUACGCAGGGAUAUAUUGGGAAAGGUUCUCUAAAAUAUUCUCAAGAAUCAGAGGGCUAGGAAAGAUGAAACUUAUGAGAAAACAUCCUCAGGUAGUGUAGUUUUAAGUUUGUUCAAAUCAUGAACCCGUAGGUAGGGUGGGGCCUCAAAGGAUUCUUCUCAAGAACAGAAAAGGCAUGAUUAGUCAUAUUGGUAUGGAAUCAUUGUCAGUAUAUUUAAUUUUCUUCAAAUCAUGAUCAUGGAGUAAGGUGUGAACAAAAUAAGCAAAGUUCUAUAAGGGAAUAUAUAGAGGAAAACUUUACAAUCUUCUCAAGAAUACACAGACCAGAAGAGUUAAAACUUAAUUGAAAGUUUUAUUACAUAAUGAUAGAUUCAAAUUAUUCGAAUCAUGACCCACAGGUGUAGAUUUAG